AUGCAUUACCUGCCGAAGGAGAAAGAAGGUUAUGAUCUAGUCCAGCCAGCUUGCGGCCAGUGUGUGGGACGUGGGAUAGCAUGUGGAGGCUAUGAUUCGGAUCGCAUCUUCAUAUACCAACGUGGGGGAUCAAACCGAUCUGCACCCAAAGGAGACACAAGUCCGACACCUAAGACAUAUGUGGACGAGCCAUCCCGGCAUAGCUUCCAGAUUGUACCUGCCACUUCGGUUUCUGCCAUAGAAGUACGCAACCCGAGUUUUACUUCUGUAAGCAUCCUGCCACCGGCCGGGCUUGCCAAGUCUGCUUACAGCCAGAAGACGAUUGCUGCUUUCCUCGAUAUGUACAAUCCCGCAGGCACCAUUGAAACCACCAAUGUCGACGCAAAGGAACUUGUUACUUUACUGCCCAUGCUCAGUACGCGUGAUGAAGCAUUGCAAAUGGCUGCCCUAGCCGUCGGGAUCGCGCAACUUGGAAUUACCACAAAAAACGAACAUUUGACCAGGCAGGGAAGGGCCUUGUACGGCAAAGCACUCAAAGAAACAGCAGUGGCGUUGCGGAAUCCGGCCAGAGCGAACAGCGAAUCCAUCCUCGUUGUGCCGCGCGUCAUGGCACUUUUCGAACUGCUAUUCGGCGCAGAGCCCCAAUCAGCCAAUCAAGCUAAGAGUUGGCUCAGCCAUGCGGUUGGUGAACUAGCAAUUAUAGUGAGCCGCGGGCCUGCAGCGUUCGCAACCGAUGAUGUUGCUCAUAACCUCUUCACUAAUGCUCGAUAUCGACUGCUAGGACCUGCAAUACGAUGUCGGAGAGCGACGAUACUCAACACAGAGGAAUGGAAGACGCUUCCUUGGCAGGGACGAACCAAGACUUCGGAGGACUUGCUUGUCGACAUUCUCUGUGGAAUACCCGAGAUCCUAGAGGCCGUGGAUAGACUCCAAUACGAGUCCAUGGAUAGUGGAGAGAGAAGCGCACCAGGUACCUGGGCACAAGCAGAAGCCAAUGUAAUCUACACGCCCGAAAUCGCCGACACGUGUACACAGAUAACUUUUCCAAACAUUGACGUUGCCUGCAUCACCGUCCGAUAUUGGCUGACUUCUCUCUUCCUGUACUCUUCUCUUGAUAUCGCUGCGGGCAUCGACCUCUCCACCGACUUUUCCCUGUCACACCCUGACCGUCCUCACCCUCGACCUUUUGCACGAAUGAUUACACGCUCGGUUGAUUACUUCAUGCAAGAGAAGUUUGGGGUUACCGGUCUCGUAGCUCUCUGGUUUCCACUGGGAAAUACCCUGUUCUACUUGAAUCGCAAUCGAGAAGCAGAUGUUGAGUACAUCAAAACCAUCAUGAAAGCCUGGAACCAGCCCAAGCUGCCGAGUGUGAUGCGGGAUUUUCUGAUGAGCUUUCGGAUGACCGUCGACAUGACGACUUUGUUAGCCACUCCGAUACAGGGCCUUUGA